AUGAGCGAAUCCUCCCAGGCCACAUCGUUCGUGACUUCUGAGGAGGAAGAGAGGCCCGCUGAAACCCGCACCCCCCGGGCCGACCCCGAGACGUGCGCAAGGUCGCGCUUCGCCCUCCCACCCCGCCGCCUCAGGACCCCCAAGGCGCAGCCCAGCCCGGACCCCCAGGACCUCCCCGCGGCGCCCGGCCCUGCCCGGCGGCAGCUCCAGGCAGACAAAUUGUUGAAAGCACUGAAGCAACACUUUCAUGGAAUAAAACAAGAAAAUGAAAAUAUGGACUCUGAAAAAAGUGCAUCUGCUUCCAUUGAAUUGGAUGAACUGAGCAAUCAGGAGGAAAUUAUGGCUGAUUCAGUGUGUUCUAUUACAAAAAGACGUGGUAAAGAAAAGAAAAUAACCAGAAAAAAGAGGAACUCCAAUGAGGAAACUAAUACCACUGAAGAAAAUACAGGGCUUUCUGCUGAGAAAGAGGAGCAUUCUGAAAUGAAAGAAAACGAAGUGCCUCAGGGUGAGCAUGAAAAGGGACAGAAGGUACUCCAAAAUGAGGAACAAGUAACUAAAAAGAGAGCUAUUGACAAUCCAGGGAUGGGUACUGGUCAGAAAGAGCAACCAGAGAAGACUUCUACUAAAAGUAGUGGAGAUGAACGUGAUGCUCAUCAUGCAGAAGGGAAGAUCCCUUUAUAUGUAGGCCGUGCAUCUAGGUCUGGGAAAACAGGAAUGAAAGCUACUACACCAAACUUUAAAAAGUUGCAUGAGGCUCACUUCAACAAAAUGGAAUCUAUUGCUGACUACAUUGAGAGGAAAAAAAAAAUGAUUGAAAACUGCAGCAGUUCUCUCAAUGAAGUCAAGAAACAAAGCAGUGGCAAAACAUUUUUAUUCAGCCCAAACCCAGAAAGAGGCAGAUUCUCCACCACCUAUACUCCUAGUAACCUCCGUCGCUCACCACGCAGUUCCCUGAAUGCUGCCAAUCGAAGCAUUUUAUCUAGGAAAUCUUCAUUUAAUCCUUCUGUCCUUUCAACAACCAAAAUGAACGUCAGGUUCUCGGAAGCCACAAAAGAUAAUGAGCAUAAACGCUCUCUUACCAAGACUCCAUCUAGAAUGUCUCCAUACUUGGAGGAGAUCUGCACACCUGAUAGCCAAAAGAGCUGCAAACUAUUAAGUCGGAAAAAUAGCAAGGGAAAUGCAAGAAAUAAUGACCUGACAGCAUCAAAUGUUAUCACUCCCUUCAAGUUUGCGGCUCAUCCUGCAGAACCCACAAGCACAAAGAAGACCUUUGAUCUCAAAGCGAGUCUCUCAAGGCCGCUUCGGUAUCAGCCACAUAAAGGACGACUAAAACCUUGGGGAGAAUGUAAAGAAAAUACUGCCCUCAGUAAGUCUGUCAGUAGCAACAUCUCUUCACGUAAGAAAGAUUACAAACAGCCGCAUCUCCAGACAAGGGAAGAAAGGCGUGAGAAACAUGAGCAAGAGAGAAAAAAGAAAAAGGCUCAGGCUCUUGGAAAACGUAGAGGACUGUCUGUGGGUUAG